AUGAGCUGCGAGGAGAUGAGCCGCCGCCGCCGCCGCCUUCCACCAUCGCCGGCGGCCGCGCCGCCGCUGGAGGACGAGAACCUCCUCUCUGAGAUCCUCCUCCGCCUGCCCCCAGAUCCGUCCUCCCUCCCUCGCGCCUCCGUCGUCUCCAAGCGUUGGCGACGCCUCAUCUCCGACCCCGGCUUCUCCCGCCGCUUCCGCCUCCACCACCGCCGCAACCCUCCUCUCCUCGGAUCCUUCAGCCAUUUAUACUUCGUACCCACCAUGGAGGCCCCCAAUCGUGUCCCGGAUGGCCACUUCUGCUUGCAGGUCGACGAAGACGAGGUCACCGACCACUUCAUAUGCCUCGGGUGCCGCCAUGGCCUCGUGCUCAUCUUCCAUGUGAGGCGGCUCCAGGUCCUGGUGUGGGACCCCGUCACCGGCGAACUGCAUCGCGUUGCCGCUCCCCCGGGAUUCGAUGCGAAGGAGAGGCCGAUUAGCGGGGCGGUGCUUCGCGCUGCUGGAGACAUCCAACACUUCCAGGUGGUAUUGGUAACCACACAGACAGACGACCAACAGCAUACACGAGCGAUGGCCAAGGUUUACUCGUCGGGGAGUGGCAACUGGGGUGAUAUCUUCUCAACACUGCUUCCAUCCCAGGCUUCUAGGCACGAAAUUCCCACCAUGAUCGGUAUAGAAUUUCCUGCUGUCCUAGUUGGGCAUUCCCUUUACUGGUUGCUUACUGACAGUCGGGAUGGCAUCCUCAAGUUUGAUUUGGAUAGGCAGAGCUUAAGUGUGAUACAUGUGCCAGUGAAUAUCUAUGCUCAUGGUAAUUGGCAGUUCACGGUUAUGCGGGCGGAGGGCGGUGGGCUUGGUGGCCUCUUUCUGUCAAAAUUCACUGCCCAAUUAUGGAAGUGGAAGACCGGUUCUGAUGGUGUUGCGUCAUGGGUGCUGGGAAAAACCAUUGAACUAGACAAGCUCCUUUCCAUUAGUUCAAAGAAGAGAGAGCCUCCAAUGAUACUAGGGUUUGCUGAGGACAAUAAUGUGGUGUUCCUGUGGACAGAUUUGGACGUGUUCAUGAUCCAGCUUCAGUCAUUGCAGUUCAAGAACCUUGGCGAAACUAACAUCUUGUCUCGCUAUCAUCCACUUGGAAGUGUGUAUGCUGCAGGCAUGGGCAUUGGUGGUGGACGUGGUGGAGCUGAACUUCUGCCCAAUACAUAA